AUGCUGCUGUGUCUCACUUUCGUCGAUUUAAAGAAAGCUUUUGAUACAGUUGAGACCGAAGCGGUCAUGCAGGCCUUGGACAACCAAGGCGUCCCUACUCCAUACAUAAAGAUACUUCGUGAGCUGUAUAGCAACAUCGCGACCAAAAUUUCCCCAUUCUACGAUGAUGUCAUAAUCGACGUGAAGAGAGGGGUUCGUGACGGUCGGGAAUUGAACAUGAUGAACGACCUGACCUCCGAGCUGGGCAGAAGGAAACGAGCGGCUUGGGGAGCAUUCAAGAGCAUCGACGAUGUGGUGAAGAGGAUCAAGAACACCCGGCUCCGUGUUCACCUCUUCAACACCACCGUACUUCCUGCUUUGACCUAUACUUCGGAAACCUGGGCAUUUCGCAAGCAGGAACAAAACGCGGUGAACGUCAUUGAACGCGCAGUUGAGAGAGUGAUGCUAGGAGUAUCCCGUUUCACGCACGUGUGGGACGGGAUUCAAUGUUUUCUCAUACGCGAGCGAUCGAAGAUUAAAGGUGACGCUGCGUAUGCCAAGGAGAGUAAAAUAAGGUGGGCCGGACAAGUGAUGCGCUUUAACAACAAUCGUUGGACCAGAGCCGUAAGCGACUGGAUACCAUGCGACAUCAAACGCACCGCAGGAAAACCGCCGACCCGAUGGUCAGAUUUCUUCACGAAGUCCUUCAAAGAAAAUUAUGUCCCACGCGAAAGGAAGAACCACUGGGCGACUCUGGCACGCGAUCGGGACCAAUGGAAGAAUUACUGGCGCCCGCUCGACCAGUUCGAAGAUCAACGGGAGUCAAGGUGA